AGGGACUAAUAUACACGAUUUCCUCUUGGGGAAACUGAAAUUACUACGCAAACGCAGCCAGAACUCUGGUAAACGUAAUAAAGCAACACACUAUCAGCGGUUAUAAUAUAAUAUUAUCAAUCACAAUAAUUUCUUUUAUUAUUGUUUCGUUGUGUUGGUGAAUACGGGAUUCUAUAAAGUGUUAUCACUAAAAAGUAAUCGACUACAUAUUUGAUUUUUGAUUAUCUUAUUGGAGUGCCGAAGGAUUGGAUAUAUCAUUCACGUGGAAUAGUACCGUAAAACUCUCAAAAUAGAUGAUUGUCGGCGGCAAGCUCUCUAGUUCUCUUAUGCGGAUUUUCCUCAAUCUCUAAAGUUACGGUUUGCGGUUACAUUUUAUUAAUAACGAAAAAUGAACAGCGGUGAUGAGGAACAACUGAGAAGGUUACCAGAAGUUGAGAAGAUUCAAGUGUACGGGGUAAGAUGGUUAGUAUUGGGACUAUUCGUUUUAUAUUCUGCAAUAAAUGCCAUGCAAUGGAUUCAAUUUUCUAUAAUAAAUGAUGUUAUUGUCAAGUAUUAUGGAGUGUCUUCUAUGUGGGUGGAUUGGACUUCCAUGAUUUAUAUGGUUUUAUAUAUUCCGUUUGUUUUUCCUGCUAGCUAUUUAUUGGAAAAAUUGGGUCUUCGUAAAGCUGUGAUAAUAGGUAUGUUAGGAACCUGUAUUGGCUCUUGGAUAAAAGUGGGAGCAGUAAGUCAAGAUAGAUUUUAUAUAGCAUUCCUAGGACAAACUGUUGUUGGAUUUUCACAAAUUUUUGUACUGUCUGUACCUGCUAGAUUAGCUGCUGUAUGGUUUGGACCAUCACAAGUUUCAUCCGCGUGUAGUAUUGGAGUAUUCGGAAAUCAGUUGGGUGUAGCUCUUGGUUUUCUCCUUCCGCCAAUAUUUGUGAGUUCAGAUUUAACUAUUGACGAAAUGACACAUCAAUUCUAUGUUAUGUAUAUAUCAGUGGCAGCUUUCACAACCGUCCUUUUAUUGGCUAUUCUUUUAUUAUUCAAAGAUAAACCACCGAUACCUCCAUCGCAUGCUGCACUCCAACAAGAUUCAGAUGAUGGUGGUUUCAUGGACUCGCUAAAAACUUUGUUGAAGAAUAGAUCUUUCAUGUUGUUGCUGAUGGCGUAUGGAAUUAACGUUGGAGCUUUUUACGCAAUAUCUACACUGCUCAAUCAAAUUGUGUUAAGUUAUUAUCCCAAUGCUUCAACAGAUGCCGGCAGGAUUGGUUUGGUUAUAGUUGUGGCAGGCAUGAUGGGAUCAGUGUGUUGUGGGAUUGUCCUUGACAAAUAUCACAAAUUUAAGGAAACCACCCUUAUUGUAUAUGGCUUCACACUGAUUAGUAUGGUAUUAUAUACAUUUACAAUAUCCAAAGGGAUAUUGGUAGUUUAUGCUAUGUCAGCAUUACUUGGAUUCUUCAUGACAGGCUUACUUCCAGUAGGCUUCGAAUUAGCAGCAGAACUGACGUAUCCAACUCCCGAAGGCACUUCUGCGGGUCUUCUCAACUGCGCAUGUAACGCGCUGGGUAUAAUUUUUACCAACAUUUAUUCUUUAAUUUUUAAUCAUGUUAACGAUGUUUGGGCAAAUAUAGCUACAUGUUUAGCUUUAGGAAUAGGAACUAUUUUAUUGGCUUAUACAAAAUCAGAUCUCAAACGACAAGCAGCUCAAAUUGAAAAGAAUGGUAUUUAAACUUUUUCUGUUAGUGAAAUAUGAAUUUUAAAAAAAAAUUAUCACGGUAUAGAAAAUUCUGCUGGCAGUAUAUUGACAAUGAAAAUUUAUCAAGAAUUUUUUAUUUAUUCCAAGAAAACGGGACACUCAAUUAAUUGUGCUCCAAAUGUUAUAAGACAGUGUCUAAGUUAUAGUCGAUUAUAUUUUUGAUUUACAUUGAUUUACGUCUAUAGAAACACUUUACUAACAAUUAAUAUUGGAUGUUCAAAAAAGACAAUAAAUUGGAAGACUUUGCUAUCGUAUUUUUUCUAAAGAAUGUAUUAGACUUGACUUUUUAUUCUCUGUCAACUGAUUAGACUCAGUUAUCCUUUUUUAGUACUAUUUGAUAACAUUGAAAACAUUGAUUGUAUUCAAUAUUCAGUAUUUUGGCUGAACUUACUUUCCAAACUGUUUUAUAUUUUCUUUGAAAUUAAAAUGGUUUCCCUUUCUUACAUUUACUACAUAUUUAAAAGGAUUUACUUCUCUUUUGAACUAUAACGUUUUCUGUAAAAAAACCAAAAAUAUUCUGAAUUUUCUCCAAUCAAUUCUCUUUAAAUUCUGCGGUAUCUACACGUUUCAUAUGGAAUGCACAAUAUUUCAAAAGAUCCGCCAGUUUUUCCUUCGCAAUUUCAGAUAAAUUUUCUGGAUAUACAACCAAAGUGCCACAUUUUGAAAAAUGUAACGAAAAUUUUCUAAAUUCGUAAAAUUCGCGGAUUUCAUUGUUUUAUUUGAAUAUAUAUCAUGGAAAGAUGUGGAGAAGUACACAAUAAUAAUAGGAUUAUCUUUAUAUCUAUAGGGGUCUUGAAGUGAAGGUUUGUCUUUAUUUAUUUCGAUGGAUUAUAAAAUUGGAUAUAAAUUAAAUGACUGUCAAAUGAAGAAUAUGUGGAAAAAAGCAUUCCAUAUUGCAUAAUGGUAAAUUGGUAGAAGAGAAAGUGAAUCGAGAUUUUAGUAGCUAGAAAACGUAAAGAAAACGGCUUAAAUGAGGUUAUAUUAUAGUAUGACUUCUCAGAAACAUGAGCCAGUCGAUUACUCAUAUUAUUAUUAUGAACCGUACAUCCACCAAUCCUCAUUGUAGCUCAAAUUAUUAGAGCUUUCAUAAAAUAAUGAAUGAUUGACUCGAAUACUUAGAGUCUGCUAAAAAACUGAGCUCUGUCUUCACGCUCUACUAGCAUACACGUGGAAAAAUUAAAUUUGCAAAUAUAAAUUCAACUACUUUUAUCACAAAUAGGUGACACAUCCAGCAAAGUUUUCUAUAUCUUGAUCAUUACUUUUGGUAAUGACCAAAAAAAGAACGAGAAACAUUUGUAAAUGUGUGAAAAAUAUAUUUUCAACACAUUCGCUACCCAGUGGACAUAUUUUUAAUUUACCAAGAAAGACUUACUCUUAUAAGUUCAUAGGUCGAUUAUGUAUUGUAUAAAUUAUAUGGACACAGUUUUUGUUAAUUUAAACGUCCAUCUUAUAUUGCUCUAGCGCGUGAUUGAAAAUUAACAAAAUAGAUUGGUUAUGUGUUAAUAAAUGUCGUCUUUAGCUUACCAGGUGUGUAAAUCCUCCUGAUUGUGAAUGAUCUAAAUGACAUUGAGUAUGGAAAAAUAAAAACGAUUCGACAGUGGAUUAACAUUCCGAUUUAACUAGAGAGGACAUAUCUGACGCAUGGCUUAUUCGUCUGUGAUUGGGAUUAGAAAUAUAGCAAAUAAGUUUUUUCACCAAAAAACUUUAAUUGCCAUGUCAGAGGUCAUUAAGAGCUAAUAAAACAGCAAAAGAAAUGACCGAGCCUAUACAAUACUGGAAACCCCUCUUGUUAAGGCAUUUUGUAAAGUUUGCUGUGUUCUAAAUUUUUUUGUAAAACUUAUUCUUUCUUCAUCUUAGUUGGUAGCGAAAGUGUUAAUGUUUAUUUCUAGUCUACUAUACAGGAUGUCCUUUGUUGUUUUGACAGUCCAAUUUCUCGCAAAUUGUUAACUUGAUAUGACUUAAAUUUGGAUGCUUAUAUUUAUUAUGAAAAGACUCGACAGUUAUCAUCACAUUGACGUAUAGGUGCUCAAAAAUGUCUCGUUGCAGUUUCGAGACUAGUUACUUGACUAAUAAUUUAUGUUUAUCAGUGGUUACAUUUUCGAUUAAACUCUCGAUGAAAUUGAUAUUGUUUUUUAACAAUGCACGAAGAAAAUAAUUUUUGAAUCAUAGUCUAUCACAAACAGUGCAUGCAAUAUCAAAUGGACUAUUCUGAGGCCUACUUUACUACUACAUGGAAGUACCGGAAAAUUUGAGGCAAAGAAAAAAAAUUAUUUUAAAAGAAAAAUAGUUUGUUUUCCACUAUAGUUAGAUGAAGUUAAUUCAAGAACUGUCAUUAAUUAUUAGUGUUUGUAAAGCCUCAUAAUUUUAUGAAUAUAAAAUGAGACAUGCACGUCAAAAAUGAUUGUAGGUACAUUAAAACUUUCCUUAUUUCAAUUUUUAAUGUUUAAGUACUGAGGAUGAAAAACUCUAUUAUAGUCUAAGCAUGCGACCAAGCAAGACAAAAGCUGAUUUUACUUAAAUAUACGUAAUGCUUUAUCGAACUCUAUAUACCUCUAUGAAAGUGAGCAUUCACCUGUUUGCUGUAAUUUUUAUAAAUUUAAAAAAUAUGUGUUUGGUUUGUAGAGAGCGACAAUUCUCUAUUUUGGUUACAAUACAAAAUUUAUACAAUCGCGUAUGGAACAGUUAAUUUGUUCAAAUAUUGAUUUUAAUUUUUACUAUCUAAGAUGAUCCAAGAUAAGUUGUUUGUACAAUUAUUGAUAUUUAUUUAGUUUGCUCCUCCUGCUUGAAGGCUUUUUAUACGUUGAUUUUAUUGGAAUUGUAAUUCUCUAUUUUUCAUCCCUCGACGAUUGCUGAGGACUUCCAUCCUCCAUGUUGUUUUACUUACAGAGUAUCCGCGCAAGAAAAACUGACAUCUUUUCAUCACAAAUAUAAGCAUCUGAAGUGGUGAUUUUUUCAUUUUUAUGAAAUGAAUUGUCAAACACAUAGUAGGACUAUGAAAAGUGAAUAAUUGUCAUACUCAUAUUCUGAUUUAUAGUAUGACGAAUUUUGUUGGAAUAGAUUUGAUAUAUCGACGUCUUCCAGUAUCUAUUAGAUUUUAUAAUUGUUAUACAAGUAUGUGAUUGACAAAAUAAAUUUAAUUUAUAUUUACAUAUCGUAGAAAUUUUAUUAAUUGUGAAUUGACCGAUUUCAUAUAAUGAAUUUAAUGUAAGUUAUUGGAUUAGAAAAAAUAUUUUGGGAAUGAUUUAUGUUUUAUUCAAUAAAAAUUGAUGAUAUUCAUUUUGUUUUCCAAAAUUUGCUUUGCUUUUUGUAUUACUAAAACCAUUCUAAUUCAUACGAAACCUGCGUAUGAUGCAGAUUGUUAAUGAAAUGUGCAUCACUUCAAAAUUAAUUUUCAAUCUUUUGGCAAUACGUGAUGUAAUUUUCCAACUUACAGUAGACCAUACUCCUUGAUUACUCGCAUUUAUUUGAUCGUUUUCAAUUUCCUGAAUUUUUGUAAAUAUUCUAGUCUACAGCUCUUUCCUAUUCUCAGUCUCGUAAACUGAAAUCCAGUCCAUAAUGAAAAUUUGGUACUUGAUAUUUAUAAUUUUUAUUCACACAGGACUAUUUCGGUUAAACUUUUUUUGUUAAUAACUACUAGUAAAUUCCAUUAUUAGUUAUCACUCUUCUGCUUUGGGGGCGCUACAAAACAGGCAGGAAAAUUAUUAAUACCAAAUGAGCGGAAUAACUACGAGGGUAACACACAUAGUACAAACAUCGACUAUUCCUGUCUUCAUCUGGUUGCGUUUAUCUUUUAUUGUAUUUGUUUUCAUUAUUUUCGUGAAAUAAAAAUCAGAACUAUUUUAAAUUUUGAGUAAAAAUGUCGAGGGAAAUUUUGUUUAUUAUAUUUUUAAAAUUCAUAUCUCAUCAUGAACGAUGAGUUAAAGUCCAGGUAAGCUGGGAUUUUGCACUAAUGUGAUUUUAAGCAAAGUGAAAAUCUACCACAAUAAUAUUUUUUAAUAAAAAUCAUUUUUCAAAUGUUUUUUCUUUCUAUAAUAUGUAAUAGUUUAUAAAUUUUAAUGACAAACGACAAUAAAUAUAUACUGUAUUUUCUGGUUAUUUAUAAAAUGAAAUGUUUAAAUAUUUAUUGAAAUUCUUUAUAUUUUAAACAAUGUGCGAAUGUUAUACAAUAAUAUAGUAUUAAGUAUACACAUCUCCACGGGAGCACUAGUAAAUAUUUGUUUUAGAAUGGCUCUGAGCCAAAUGAAGUUAUAUGUGGAAAGAUAUUUAUUUUUUUAUUUAUAAUUAGUUGUAUGUAUCCAUUGUAUCCUGAUUUUGUUUGUAUGAAGCCUAUUGUUGAAUUAAUGAUAUUGUAGUCAAAAGUUCUAGAAGUUCAAUGUAGUGUUCAAUUCAAUGUAUUACUAGUACAAAAUGUCUUUUUUUAGAAAUAUAACGUACCGAAUUUGAAACUUUUGUCGAUAUUAUUGACAAUAAAAUUUUUAAAACAUAGAAAAAUUCUACAUGUUUUUAAUUGGACGGUAUUAUGCAGAAAAAUUCUCUUAAAAAGCUUUCUAAUCAUUGUAGAAACCAUACAAUAUAUUUUACUAUAAAUCUUUAUCAGUGUAGAAGAUAAAAUAUAUUAUGGCUGGGAAACAGAACUUUCUAUCUUAUCUAUACAUAUAGUUCAUUCUUAAAAUUUUCUUCUAGAAAAUACUUACUUUCGUUGUCGUUAAUUUCCUACCGAGACUUAUCUCUACUUAAUCCACUUUACAUUGUGGAAACUUCUAUAUUCACUACUUAAACAAUGUUUUGUUUGCACCUAAGCGACAUGUGCUUCCAUGACUACAUCAUAUUCAUAUUUGUAUAAAUUUGAAGGGCAUAUAUGAUACGAGUACCUUCAUUAUGUGAAAACAUUUCUUUAUUGUAUUUAUUAGAACCAACUACUAUAAUGAAAAUCAAAGAGUACAUUCUUCCACAUCCUAAGGUGUAGUUGUAUGGUAUGGAAUGGGAAUUGUGAUGAUUAUUAUUAACAUUUUUUUAUUAUAAAAAUGAGUAAAGCGAGUGCAUAAAUUCUAUCAAACAUAUAUCACAUAACUACUCCAUUAAGGUUUUCUCUAGAAUCAGAAUUCUCACAAUCUUAUUGGUUUUAUUUAAAAAUUUUGCUUACUUGGAGAAUUCCUCUUAACAGUUCAACUAUAACUAUAAUACAUAUUAUGGCAGAAAAAGACUGUUUUUGCAGAGAUCUGAAUUAAAUAUUUCACUAUUUGGGUACUCUUGGAUAUAAAAAUCAAGACUACAUAAAGCAUAUGAAGAUCUAAAGGAAUAAAAAUAGAUUUAUCGUGAACAAAAAAAGAAUUUCUAUUAGUAAAUUUAGAACAAACUAUUGAAGCAGAAAAACUGACGUUAACGAUUAAGUUAUAAAUUGGUUACAAAACCUCGAAAAUCCUGUGAAAGAAUCGAUGAUUAUGUUUAUGAACACAAUAUUGAAGAAGGUUUGAAAUCUGAGAAAAGAUAAAUGACUGUGAAUGUACGUCUAGUAAUACUCUAUCUUUCUAUCUAUAAGUUUUAAAGGAAUGAAUUCCCAAAGCUACCAAAUCUUUUUACAACUUCUUAAAGCUGCAGGACUAGGUUAUAUUUGGCUCAAGAAGAAUUUCUUGUGUUUGUUAAUAAUGUAGAAGGUUUCCCUUUGUAUAAAAAUGAUGUAACCUACUUCAACAGACUUUAUUAAUAAUGUCACAGUUUUUACUAGAUUUCAACAAUUUGUAAAAUUGUAUAUUCUUGUGUAUUCUAAAAUAUCACGAAAACAAAAGUAUAUAAAUCAAUAGUUAAACCCAUAUUUACACAGAAAAAAUUGACAAAACAAGAUGCAAAGUAAUAAGAGAAGAAUUGAGAAUAGUGCCCAUAACAACUUAAGAAAAACAAUAAUUGAGGUGACUUAACAAGGGUGACAUCAACAGGGAGUAAAAAAGACAUGGCGAGAAAGAUCAGUACAAAACAAAAGAGACGGAGACUAAAACAUUAGGAUGAUACAGUAUCAGUAAAUCCGAGAAGAAGAAUAAGAAGAAGUAAAAAAAAUUGUACAAGGCAAAAUGCAAUGAGAAAAAUGCAUACAAGUGUGAAGUAUUAAUUUUAACAUCUUAUAAGUUUAUCUUGUUCUUCCAUUUGGAUUAAAACUUUUACAUUUAUUAUCUAAGAACUGAGUUUUUGUGGAUUUUACGAUUUUUGCAUAAUACCGUUCGUUAAUUGUUGUAAAUAAUAAAAUGUUUCGUUGUAAAAAUUAGUAAUUAGGUGUAUUUUUAUAAAUCAUCUGUUGAAAUAUAAAAAAAGAAAAUUUGAAAAAAAUUAUUUGCUGGGCAUUCGACCUGCCAUUUAAACUUUCUCAGGCAGCUAAGUAAUUUAUUGUGCACAUUGGUAGUAAUUGAAUAAAAUUUUUUUAUGAUCACCAAAAAGAGUAUUCAGCUCUUAAUCUACUGCCUCCUAAAUUGUCUCUUAAUAUUAAAAAAAUUCCGAGUAUAGGACGCCAUUUAUACACUAAAAAGAUAGUUUUAUCUAUAAAUAAACAUGCUAAGAAAGUAUGUAUAGUGAUUCUAAGAUAUAUGUUUACCACAAUGUAUUUUUAUGAGCUUCAGAACACAAUUUUAGGUAUUAGUUAAGCUAUAAUCUGUUUCUACUGAAAAACAAUUAUGUUCAAAAUUAUAAUUCUUGCUUAACCUCACUUAAGUUUUGUAUAUUUUGAGGUUAUGUGCUGAUUUGUAUCUCAUAUGAGUUGCCUAAUUUGUACCGGUCCAAAGUCAAUUUUUAUUAGACAUUCAACUUUUCUAAAGGUCGAAUUUUAUAACUAGCAGAAUGCUUUUACCGCUUAAUAAUUUAUGAUAUCCAGCCAUCGAAGUUGAAGACAUCUGAAAUAAUUAAAAAUUAAUAGAGUAGCGACAAAAUGUGGUUCUCCCAUAUUCUCGCAUAUUUCUUCUGUGCAAUUUGAGGCGACUUCUUUGACUAGCUAUGGGAGUUUCAAUAGAGAGAAUCUUGAUGGAUUUUUUCAGGUGUUCCAAAUAUUUGUUGACAAAACUAAUUUAGAUGAUACCGAAUCUUUAAUACAUUCCUAUGAUUUAGAAGAAAAUUCAAAAGAUUCUUGACAAAAAAAAAUACCAGAAGGUAGCUUUAUCCAAUGAAGAAACAGACCUUAAAAGAACAAUCAUUGAUGUUACUGUAGGGCUGGACAGUAUGUUGCGACGACAAUAAUUAUAUUCAAGAAGAAAAUAAUAAUCUCAGAACUUCGCAUGGGUACUUCACUUAGUGGUUUGAUGGGGGUUUUAGUUACGAAAUUAAAAAUGGAGUACUAUUAGUUGUAAAUGGCUAUCCAAAUCGCUUCACAAACCUCAGAGCCGUGAAGUUUGCCAAAAAACUGAAGUGAUGAUGCUACAGUUUUUUGGAUACCUAUAUUAUACAUUGGAUGCGGCCUCUUGACAUGGCACUUCCAGGUAUAUUACAAUUUUGAGGUGCCGAAAUGUGGAUGACCAAAUACUUAAACCUAAUUGCUAACUAAUUUCAUAUCGUACAAAUUCCUGUCGGAAUUUUUCACCAGUGCAGACCUUCUCAAAUAGUUGAAAAGGCGUCGGUUGAGUAUGUUUUCCUAGGAAGCGCUCACCCUGCUUACCGUAAAAAGUGUCGGAAAGAAACGAAAAACUAAAUGAGGUCAAAAAUCACACCACGUGACAGUGUGGGGUUAGUGUGAAUAUCACCAAUUGUUGAAGAAAGUCCAAUUUAAUCUUAAGUGUUGAUAUCGAUGAUAUAAAAUGAGGAAUUGGAAGUUAUAAAAUCUGCUGUAGAGAAAUCUAAACUAUCAUCAAUGGUAAUUGACAUUGGCUCAUAUUCACAUUUACCAUCUACAUUCGAAAAGCAUAAUCUUUUAUUGAAAUGUCUGUCAUUGAAAAUGAUGUGUACUGUCGAAUAAGUGAUGUAUGGUUAAAGAUAAUGUAAAAACUAUUAUCACGAAUGUUUUCCGGUAGUACUCUUAGAUUUAUGAUAUUAGUGCCUGAAAUGUGUGAGACAAUAAGUUUUUGUUCUAAUAGAUUUGAUGUUGGUUUUUGAAACAGUGGAAUAUAAUUUAUUGGCUUAUUAUUUUUGUUUUGAAUCAAAAUUAGAAAACCAAAUACUUCGAUUAGAAAAUACAUUGCUUGAAUUAGCAAAGGUUAAAAAUAAAAAGCAGUAUUAUCCAUUCUAAGAGGAUGCAUAAAUAUAAGAAUCAACUGAAAUUGAAAACACUCAGGCUGUUUCGUUUUGAAAGCAGUUUUUGAAAAGUGAAACAAUAUAAUUUAAAUAUUAACAAAAACUGUAAUAAUCGUAGGAGAGUGACACGUAGAAGUAUAGAUUUUUCAGAAAACUUUAUUGAAAUGAUACAAAACAGUCUAAAUAGGACACAAAGAAGUACAAAUCAUAAUAACGAAAAUUGAAUUGGUAGUUUCCUUUUUUUGUUAUUUAGAUAUCUAAGUUUCAUUCAUGAUUAUAUCAUAUGAAAAACGCUAUAAAUUCAUUAUAUAUCAAAUGAUAUAGAAUUGUACAAGAUUUUAAAUAAAAGUAAGCUUCAACUGAAUCAAUUCAAAGUUUGAGCAUGAACUGUAGAAAGAAAAUUCAUUGUAGUAGCCAGAUGAUUACCUAUUCCCAUUGUUUUUGAAUAAUUACGAGGGCCGUUUUUUUCCAACCUCCGAUCGCUUCGUGCAGACACUACGCGGCCAGAAGAAAGCGGGCGUGCGCUAUAGGCGACUGUGAAGCUCUCGCACUACACACUCCGUCAUUGUUGACAUUCAGGCGUCAGUCGGCGUUGUGCUUCAGGCACCUAAACAAACGCACCUUGAAGCCCCAUUGAUGUGGCUAAUCACCACAAAUUUGCCAACUAAAUUGGUUAUACAUAAUUGUAUCAAAAACUUUUCAUAUUUGCAUGAGAUUUUUUCAUCGAAGCUGAAGAAGUUACUAGCAUAGAUGGUUUCUUGGUUUUAUUCCGGAGUAUUUUUAUGUAUUUCUCUUUUUUGAAUAUGUUUGUGUGCUCUUUAGACAGAAGUUACAGUCGAUUUCAUAGUUCCCGUUAAACCAAACAGUAAAUGGCGUAGAGACUCUGUUGCCUUUUAUUUACUGAACAAGUGUUACAUUACAUAAUAUCUUUGAGGAACCAAACUUAUAUCUUAAACACAAACUUAUAAGAAAGCUACUAUAAGAGCUACUAUAAGAAGAAAUGAAUUCUCAGUAUGAUAAUAAAAUAUUCGUCAGUAACUUCAAUUUCAUAUUAAGAAUUAUUGUUCACUUUUUUGUUUGAUAAAUUAUAAAACGCUUUCCUAAUUAUUGGAAACUGUAAAUCGGAUAAUAAGCGUGUUCAUCAGGAAUGAACCCAUAAGCGCGGGCCAAAAUGUCUACCGGGGUGGAGAUUCUAUGUUAGGGACACACGAAUUUGUUUUGAGUGGAGUUAAAACAAUUUUUUGAUGAAAACACUACAAGUGACAUUUUAAACAUUAGGUCAAAGUUAAUAAUAGAUAAUAAUAAUAAUAAAUUGUCUUACUUACUUACAUGCAAAAAAUUUGUGCCCUGUAUAAUAUGUACGUAAUUUUUUAAAAAAGUUAAUAUACUUGCCAUUUUAUUAUAUUUGCAAAAACAAACAUUAGAGCUUAAAAAAAUGCAUGCGGGAUUUCUCAACGGGGCGGAUAAAAAAAGGAAAGGGUCGGAGUCGGCCCAUGGGCCGGCUUUUUUGUACUAAAUAUACAUACAUAGGUGUUUCUUAAUUGAUAAAUUCAAUCAAUUUUGUUAAGAAGCUAGCAAAGAAAACGACAAUAUUUGUGCCUUCAUUUUGAAAUAUGUGUGCCUCAGCAAAUGUACAAUAAAGAUUUUCGUUCAUAUUGUAUGAUUUUUUUUAGUGCCUAGAAAGUAUAUUUUUUGAGUUUUUGGUUAGGUAUAUUUAUAUAUUUAUACAUCUCCACAAAUAAAACUUCCAAUAGAAAACGAUAGCCCGGCAAAUAAUGAAAAAAUAUUCACAAGUACCCUUUCUUGACAGAAACAGUAUUUAAAUGGAUUCAAUUCUUGAUAAAUAUGAUUAUAUCUGUGGUGAAUAUUCAGUAUUAUGAGGAACUAUUGUAUAAAAAUAUUUAUUACUCUGUUGUAGAUAUAUGAGCCGAGUAGAUAUUUUGUUUAUACUUGAUGACAAUAAAUAAAAAUUAGAUCGAA